UCUACUGUAAGUAAGGGAAAAUAAUGGAAUCAGGGAACUUUUAUGUAUGCAGAAAUGUUACAAACAGAUCUAGCCCUCGAACACAGAUUCACUGUCAGGAUGAAGGAAAAUCGCGAAAGCAGAGAGGAAGUAGAUGUUUGGUGUUGAUCACAGUGAGUCUGGCGCUCAUUUGUGUUCUUCUGCUGGUCUUCAUCAUACUGCAGCAGACCACCAUCACAGCAGAGAGAGACCUGAUAAAGAGUUACAAGAGCACAGUUGAAGAGUUCAAUCAAACUAUCAGCAGCUUACAGGGCAAAUACAAUGAUGUCAAGAUUGAAAAAGACCAACUGCAGAACAACUUCAACUCUUUGAAUGUGAAGCUCGAGACCAGAGUCAAUAAUCUCACGUCUGAGAAAAGCCAGUUACAGAGCAACUUGGACUCUUUGAAACGGGAGUUAGAAAGCAGAAUCACAUCUUUAAAUGAUGAGCUGGGGAAAGAACAAUCUAAAAAGAGAAAUCUGUGUGGUCCAGUUUGUUAUUUCAUAGCCAAUGAGUUGAAGAGCUGGUCUGACAGCAGGCAGUACUGCAGGGAUCAUGGUGCUGAUCUGGUCAUUAUCAACACUGAAGAGAAGCAGAGACUCAUAUCUUCAUUAGUCAGUGAGCGAGUGUGGAUCGGUUUGUCUGACAUAGAGAACGAGGGCAACAUGACAUGGGUGGAUAGUUCAACAGUGAAUCAAACAUUUUGGUUUGAAGGAGAGCCAAAUAAUGCAGGUGGAAAUGAAGACUGUAUUGAACUGAUGCCUUCAGAGCCCACCCUGAACUGGAAUGAUCUGCCAUGCUCAGCGAACAGAAAAGGGAUUUGUGAGAAAUAGGGUUCAUCCCAUACUGUUGUGUUUUUAACUGCAUUGUUUUAUGAAAUCAAUGACGGACUGUGAUCGGCUAUGUUUCUGACUGAGGUCUUUUAAAACAGUUCACUUAUUUAAAUUUAUAUAAAAUGCUUUCAUGUCAUCAAUUUCGUUUUUUUUGGUUUUCUUUAACAUACAAGU